AUGUGUCUGAACACCAUGGUCAGUGCGCGGACUCUCCUCCUCGCAGUCACCUGCUGCUACACCUACCUGUGGCUCGUUCGCGCAGAAGAUUCCUCAUUGGAGACGCGCUCGUUGGAUUUCACAGUGAAAGCCCAACAAGAGAAAGACCUGAUUGACGCAUUGCAAGAAGUUCUGGAGAAGCUGAGGAGCAAAGAGAUGCCUUUAGAGAAAAAGCAUGGCUGGUUACCUUCGUGUGACGCAGGGGAGCCUUGCGCCGUGCGUAAAGGCGCGCGUAUUGGCACGCUGUGUAGCUGUCCACGGGGGACUUCUUGUAACUUCUAUGUUCUCAAAUGUUUGUGAUAGAGGGGAAAAAGCUAACAG